AUGACCGAGGCCGUUGACAUUCCCAACCACAAAACACACAUGGAGGGCGAGGGUCUCGAUAACCCCUUGCGUGCCAUUGUGGUUGUAAACUCUCCAGAAUCCCCAGAGGGAGAGAUGGAAGAGAGAAUGCUUGAUGCCAUCCAGGCUUUUGACGAAGUGGAGUCCUUUUUCGACAAGUUUGACGAGGAGGUGGCAGUUCCUAACGAAGAGCACAUCAAGUACGAGGUUGGAAGUGAUGGAUUGGUGAUUUUUGUCGUCGAUUCGUUGGCUAUUCAAGAGAAGGUUUUGAAGUUCUUAGAUGACUUCUGCAGAAACAUGGACGAGGAAAUCCCAGAGGAUGGUAAGAUCGAAGAGAACGAGGACGAAGACACGCCAAAGAAGAAGAAGAAGUCCAGAGCCGAGUAA